UACCUGCAUCCUCCGCCAAAACAUUCACGGUGAAAGGUGGCCAGAGGGUGUUCGGCGUCGCGUCGCAGUGCUGAAUUGGUAGCGUGGUUGGAGGUUUGCCACCUUGCCACUCAGUUCUUCACUGGCACCCUUUGGACUCGCAACGCCGAUCUUCCUUCCAAUCAAGAUGAUGAACAUACCGGGCCUUGCGGGCAUUAUCGUCUUUUACCUCCUCAUCCUUGGGAUUGGCAUCUAUGCAGCAUGGAGGCGGCGCAACAAGGGCGGCAAAUCCGAGGAGGUUAUGCUGGCAGGACGCUCCAUUGGGCCUCUGGUCGGCAUCCUCACCAUGACGGCUACAUGGGUGGGAGGAGGAUACAUCAACGGCACAGCGGAGAAGGUGUACGACAAGGGCCUCAUCUGGUGCCAGGCGCCCUUUGGCUACGCUCUGUCGCUUGCUGUGGGCGGCCUGUUCUUCGCCAAGCCGAUGCGGGAGGCUGGCUACGUCACCAUGCUGGACCCGCUGCAGCAGGCCUUUGGGCGGCGCAUGGGCGGCAUGCUCUACUUUCCGGCUCUGAUGGGUGAAACGUUCUGGUCGGCGGCUAUCCUAUCUGCCCUUGGCUCCACCUUGGCAGUCAUCCUGGACAUUGGCAAUACUGUGUCAAUCCUCGUUAGUGCUGCCAUCGCUGUUUUCUACACCAUAUUUGGCGGCCUCUACUCCGUCGCUUACACGGACGUGAUCCAGCUGUUCUGCAUCUUCAUCGGUCUGUGGAUCACCGUGCCCUUCGCCAUGAUGCACGAGUCGGUGGGGUCCCUUGCCCUCAACGAGACUGAUUGGCUAGGCUCCAUUGAGCCCACCUCACCAGAAUGGGGCCUCUGGAUCGACUACUGGCUUCUGCUCAUCUGUGGCGGCAUCCCGUGGCAGGUGUACUUCCAGAGAGUGCUGUCCUGCCAGACCCCGACUCACGCCAGGAUGCUCUCCUACGCGGCGUCCAUCGGCUGCCUCUUGAGUGCAGUGCCAGCGUGUAUUAUCGGUGCUAUUGCUAAGGCCACAGACUGGAGCCAGACAGACUACGGCAAGACUCCCGAGGGCUACCAAGUGAAGCUGGUCCUGCCCCUUGUGAUGCAGUACCUCACGCCCACGUGGGUGGCGUUCCUGGGGCUGGGAGCCGUGAGUGCCGCAGUCAUGUCCUCCGCUGACUCCUCCGUACUCUCCGCCUCGUCCAUGUUUGCCAGGAACAUAUUCCAAAACGUCUUCAAGCAGGAGGCCACUGACCGGGAGGUGAUCUGGGUGAUGCGAGCCAGCAUCGUGGUGGUGGCCGCCAUCGCCUGCACCAUCGGCAUCCUCAUCAACAGCAUUUACUACCUCUUUAAGCUGUGCGGGGAUCUGGUGUACGUGAUCCUCUUCCCGCAGCUCCUGAUGGUGGUGCACUUCCGAGACCGCGUCAACACUUACGGCUCCUUCGUGGCCUUCUUUCUCGGGCUGAUCGUACGUCUCUUAGGAGGAGAGCCGUACAUCGGGGUGCCGGCCACUAUCCACUACCCGUUCUACGACGAGGAAUUAGGCCAGCAGAACUUCCCCUUCCGCACGAUAGCCAUGCUGGUGUCACUGUUCAGCCUCAUCGUCACUUCGGCCAUUGCCAAAGCCAUUUUCACCCACAAGCUCCUGCCCGCUAGGUAUGACGUGUGCAGAUGUUUCCACCGGACUGAAAAGGACGAACUGGGAACGGCCAAUCUAAACAAGACUCUUCCACUGCAAGUGUCAAAUACCAAGGAGGACGUUUCUCCUCUCAAGGCAGCAGAGAGCAACCUGUACAUGCCCGUCAGUGGGGAAAUGAACGGCGUGUAGGAGGACGAUGGGUUUCCAGUAAUGGGUAGGGAGACGCAGAGGUGUCGCUGUGUGGGCUGCUAGGCCGCGGUGCUUCUCAAGGAAAGCCUGUCCAUGAGCCCCGGCAGCGUUUACUGUCACUGCUGUUGAAGGGCAAGGUCUAGACACGAGUUCGGGAGCGGGUUCAUACGAUAGCCGCAUGUAAUCUUUCUCAAGCAGACUUUUCUUGUCCACAUUAGAGUUGUUAGUCAGAGUAAUGUGUUAUGCUUGCCGCGCGCACAAACUGAAGUACAUGAAAUGCAUGCUGUACUGUACCUUGAUAUGCAUAGUGGCGAUUGUCUAGUGAGCUGCAGUGCGUUUGUUUGUGUUGAUAAGCCUGAGGGACAAUGGCAAUGGGCAACAAAAUACGUGAAACAAGGCCCACUGAAGCUGCCAUUUCUCGAAGAUUAUAGUUUAGAGGAUUAUCCAAAAUCACCAGAUAAAAGUUAAUAGGUGAUAUUGGUUUGGUGCUUUAUAAUUUCAUGAUGUGCUUUUUUAAUUUUCGAAUUUUAUUGCAACUCCUUUUAUUAUUUUCUACUUGUUAUUCAUCAUAAGAGUUAAAGGAGCCUUAAUUGAUAAGUACAUGCUACAACUUCCACGUAGGGAAGAGUAAGAAGAAAAAAGCAACACAUAGUAUUGCGUUUCUGAACUCGUGCAGAAGCACAACAUACAUAUCUAAGCUUAGGAUCACAAGUAGUGACAUAAGGGAUCAAUCUGUAAUUCUCACUCUGAGUGUGCUGUAUGUAUGGUAGUGUUGAGCGGGGUGGCUGCCCCUCAAUGUACUGGUGUGCUCGGCCAGAUUGGAGUGUGCUUGACAGUAUAUUAUAUGGUAGCUUAUUAUGAGGAAAUCCACUUGUCCUCCACGUCACAACUUUCAUUCAUUACGUAGUUUUUGGUGACAAUUAGUCAUUUGACUGCUAAGACAUCCAAGCUAAACAAAAUAUAACUGGUGCAAAUUUCUUGGCAUAAUUGAGUAAUUCAAAUAUUCUAAUACUGGCUGAUAUUUUGUCUAAUAGAAUCACGUGCUUUCAUUUGAAUGGCGAAACAAGUGUCACUGCCAUUAGGAGUCAAAGGAUUAAAGGAGAGUGGGUGUCCUACAAUUUUUAGUAAGAGAGUGAGUGAUGAACAGUGUUUUGGUGUUUAUAGCGGCUGUCUCUGCGCCGCGUUCGAAACAGCGAAACGUGCAUGACGGUGGCCUCUAUGUAACAUUAGCGAAAUACCUUUUUUUUUUAAGCAAACAAGGAUGCUAUUUUUAUAGAGACGUAUUGCAAGUCCCAUUCCAUGAUGGAGAAGCACUGUUGUUAUUAUGGUCAGACGACAAAUAUUAUAGAUUUUGUUCAAAUGCAUUUUUAAUUAGUGUCAAUGACGAUACAGUCUUAUGGAAUUGAUAUGGUUCAAAGGUGAAGUAGUAACAGUAAAAUGAAAGAAUAAAUCUAGAUCUAUCAUUGGGAUUAUAAUGAUUAAUGUCUAAUGCAUUUUGGUCACGGCAAAAUCUAUAUGAUCAACACCGUCUCUCUUCAGAUGUAAAGAUUGAUAUAAGUUUCUGACAAAGGUAUAGAUAAUUGAAUCCGCCUUGGAAACGAUGCUGGAAAUUGUCACUUUCUCAUGCAAGGCAAGGAAGAAAAAAAGUUUCUUCACGCUAGUGUGAAACAAGCGAGUCUGAAGCUUCGUGGACAAGACUGUGACACGUAAUGGACCAGGUGAGGUUUGUGAGGUUUGUGUGUGUGUGUAGGACUCUUCCGAGGGACUGUGAAGAGGCGGGUUGUGGGAGUAUUACUAUAGUGCAUUGAUUAUUAUUACCAUGUAAUAGUAAGUACGUUUAGUAAGUGUGUACGUGUCCCGUUCAAUUGGCUGUGUUUGAAGUAACAAGUCCGGUAUGAUGGUAUUUUUUUCAAGUAGUCAAGACAUUUAGUCUCAUACAUGUACGUUAAAAAUGCUUGAAAAAAAAUGUAAAUAUAUGAUUCUUACGGUUGAGGCUCAGAGUUGAAAUUGCAAAUUGUUAACAGUAUUUAUAUGUAUCAUUAAGAAAUAAACAUUAAACCUUC